AUGGCCGUGCCGCUCUUUUCGGUAGGGGACGUGGACGUGGGCGCGGUGCUCGGUGCGAUCCGCGCAUCCGACUAUGUAAAGGAGCUCGCAUCUGGCGAGGACUCGUCGCCGGAGGAGGCGGUCGCUGCCCUCGUGCAGCCCGCACAACAGGUCGGCUCGGUGGCCGAGGCCGAGGCGGCCGUGCGCAGCCUUCAAGGCGACUGGUCGCGCCGCGUGCUGGUCGUCGCCGAUGCGCAGACCCAACAAGACCAGAGCGUGCUCGUCGUCGAGUUCUCUCCCAAAGACUCGCUGCGUGUCGCGUGCGGCUCGCUGCUCGAAGUGGUGGCGCGUGUCGAUGCGUCGCAGACGCACCUCGCCGAGUUCCGCCGGAUCUGUGGAAGCGAGUUAUACGAUGCUGGGCAGUAG